AGUUACUACAUGCUGACGCUGUUUCUUUUGUUGUUAGCAGGUGCAUUCAGCCUGAAUGUGCCUUCGAACCUCGGUUGCAAACCGGAGGAAAUAGCGGGACCAUGCCUUUCUGAUCACACAUGCCCAUCCUCAGAUUGGACGUGCAUCGGAGGUGACUGCUGUAUGGAGAGUGAAAUCAUCCAGCUGAAAGACGACGGAGGUAUGUCUACUUGGGGCACACUGAAAAAACUGUUUCAUGCAGAAUAACAUUCAGCAACAUGAAUUUGGUUUUUGCUGACAAGGAGAGCAAUAAAUUAUUUGCAGAA